AAGAAGACGACGACGAAAAAGAAGCAGCAGCAGCUAUUUCAAGCGACUGUUUUGCGAUUUCUAAUUUCCUUCUUUGGAUAUAUAUUGCUUUUCGCUUUCUGCAUCCUUUAAUCGUUGAUAAACAUACGAUUAUACGAUAUAUAAAUCUGUGGUAAAUCUUAGUUGCAGUUAAGUGGCCUAUUUUAGUUAUUUACCGGUGUACGUGGGUUUGGGCGCGGCUCAGAGCGACAAACUCAACCGAGAUUCAACGAACCGAAUAUAUAUAUUUAUAAAUAAUCCCCAUCGAUGAAUUCUAUUAAACUCUAUUUUUAAAGAAACAUACGUAACACGAUGUUGCUCUUGCUGUUCGUUUUGUUGGUGGACGGUGUGUCUGGUGCAGAGACUGAUAUAUCAGUGAUAGAGGGAGAUCCUGUCACUCUAAACACCGAUCUUACUCAAAUACUCAACGAUCAUACCAUAGUGUGGAAGUUUGGACCUGAAGGCUCUUUAAUAUCUCAUAUAACGAGAGAUAACGAUUUCACCUCAUUUUUUGUCACCGAUGAUGAGAGAUUCAGAGGGAGAUUGCAGGUGGAUCAAAUCACUGGCUCUCUCACCAUCAGAAACACCAGAAUCAGACUCUCUGGACAAUAUCAACUAACCAUCUCUAGAGGAGGAACUAGGCCUGCAUACAAGAUAUUUAAUGUUACUGUCCAACGUGUGAUUAGUGGGACAGAUGGAGUGAAGUUACAGUCAGUGUCAGUGAUGAAGGGAGAAUCUGUCACUCUAAACCCUGAUAAAUCUCUAAUACAUGGAGAUGAUCUGAUGCUGUGGGUCUUUGGAGAUAAAGGCAUCCUCCUGGCUAAACUUGAUGUAGAGACUAAAGAGGUCUCUUUAUACGAUGCUGAAGAGAGAUUCAGAGGCAGACUGCAGCUGGAUCAUCAGACUGGAUCUCUGACCAUCACAAACAUCAGAACCACAGACUCUGGACUCUAUCAACUACAGAUCAGAGGCAGAGAGGGCUUACAGCAGUUCAUUCUCACUGUCAACCGAGGUCUGUCUGCAGGUGAAAUAGCAGGGAUUGUUGUUGUGCUGAUUCUAGCUGCUGCUGCUGCUGCUGCUGCUGCUGCUGCUGCUGUGAUUUACCAUCGCCGCAAGAUCUAUGAAGUACUAAAACAAACGUUGUCAGUGACUGAGACUGGGGGAAAAGAUAUCACUCUGGAGCCUAAUAUUAAAAUAAACAAAGAUGAUGUGAUGAAGUGGAUGUUUGGAGAAGGAAAGCAGCAGACUGUCAUAGCUGAAAUCAGAGGAGAGACCGGAAAGAUCUUUACAUAUGAGUUUGCUGCUGAUGGGAGAUUCAGAGGCAGACUGAUGCCAGACAAGACGACUGGAUCUCUGACCAUCAGGAACAGCAGAACUGCACACUCUGGACCCUAUACACUACAGAUCAUAUCCAGAAGUGGGGCUUCACAGCAGAGAUUCAUCGUCACUGUCAACGAGAAAGUGGAGGUGAAAUCAGUGAAAUAUAGAGAUUCUGUCACUCUAAAGCCUGAUCCUGAAAUACAGAGAGAUGAACAGAUGCUGUGGAUGUUUGGAGAGCAAGAUGAUCUCAUAGCUCAAGUCAAAGCAGGGACUGUAGAGACGUAUGAUGAUGCUGCUGGUGAGAUAUUCAGAGGCAGACUGAAGCUGGAUGAGACGACUGGAUCACUGACCAUCACAGACAUCACACCUGAACACACUGGACUCUAUAAACUACUGACCAUCAGCAGCAGAGGGAUCUUGAUCAAGAAGUUCAUGGUGUCCAUUCCAUUGAGGACUGUGAGAAUGACUGCGGGAGAAUCUGUCGAUCUGUACACUUAUCAUCCUAAAAUAGAGAGAGAUGAUGUGAUAGAGUGGAGGUUUGGAGCUGAAAACUCUCUCAUAGCUGAAGUCAGAGAAGGGACUGUAGAGCCGUAUGAUGGUCCUGAUGGGAGAUUCAGAGGCAGACUGAAGCUGAACAAGACGACUGGAGAUCUGACCAUCCUGAACUCUGCAGAUGAACAUGCUGGACAUUAUAAACUGAAGAUCCGCAGCAGUAAAGGGGACACAUACAUGACAUACAGUGUUAUCAGAGCGAGGGGGGAAUCAUGGAAUGAUUUCUCAGGAAAGAGAGUGAAGGAUUCAGAUGUAGACAAGGCUCUGCUGGAUAAAUAAGUUCCUGAUGGAGUGAAUGAGCAGAAGAGAGGAAGAGAUCACUUUAACAACACAAGACCCGCCCACUCCUGUCCUGUCAAUCACUAUGACAUCAUCAACACAUGCUUGUGCUUCAUG